AUGGCGGCGUCCGAGCAGACUCCAGACUUGGAACCUGCUGGCGAAGACGCUCUAUCCGCCUCUUUUAAGGCCCCCGAUCUCUCGGACGCCGACCAAGCCGAGCUCUUGUCCUGGGGCCGCUCCCUCGUGCCCGACCUGUUGUGCGAAGACCGCCAGAGGGGCGGCCUCACGUACUCCAUCCGCGCUGUAGCUACCGUACGCGCCUCUCUAGACGACGUGAUGGACAUUUUCCUGGCUGAGAUCACGGUGGACUACCGUUCUCUCAUGCAGCUGCAGCUUCGCGAGUUCUUUGCGGACGCGGCGGUGCUUUUCCACAAGGGGCAGAGCGAGUCGGAGUCGCUCAGUAUUAAGUGGACGGCUGCGAGGACCAAGAAGAGUGUGGCUAGUUUGGGUGGACAGGUAGGCGUCGACUUGUGUCUCUUGGAGUAUAUGGGUGUCACCUCGUCCAAAUUGGUGGACGGACCCAAGCAGUACAACGCGCUCAAUGACUCAUCGUCCUCCAAUACCAGCAAGAACUCGCCUGUAGGCGUGUGGCUGUACGAAUACAUCGAUCAGGCCGAGUGUCCGUCGCUCUACGACUCGAGCAAACUCGAGCGCGCGUCGGUGUCCAAUUGCGGCUUCCUGUUCCGUCCUCACGUGGACGAAGGCGUCGUAGAAAACACUUUUGUCUGCAGUAUCCGCCAGCCACCUGGAGCUAGGACUAAACGUCGUUAG